AUGUCAAAGUUUGGAACCUCGUUAUUGGUGCCUUCUGUCCAAGAGCUUGCGAAGAGUCCUAACUUACAAGUCCCACAACAAUAUCUUCAUCCAAAUCAAGACCCUAUUGAUGUAUCAAAUAUAACUUCUUUGGAACAAGUUCCAGUCAUUGAGCUAAGUAAAUUGUUGUCUGAAGAUGCAACUGAGCUAGAGAAGCUAGAUCAUGCAUGUAGACAAUGGGGUUUCUUCCAGCUGAUUAAUCAUGGAGUCGAUCCCUCCUUGGUGGAAAAUGUGAAGAUAGGCGUUCAAAAGUUCCUAAGUAUACCGGUGGAAGAGAAGAAGAAAUUUCAGCAAACCCCGGAAGAUAUGGAAGGGUUUGGUCAAAUGUUUGUUGUAUCUGAGAAUCAGAAGUUAGAAUGGGCUGAUUUAUUUUUCACUACAACUCUUCCUUCCUAUGCAAGGAAUCCCCGCAUAUUUCCAAAUAUUCCCCAGCCAUUAAGAGAAAACUUAGAAACCUAUUGUUUAGAACUGAAGAAAGUUUGCAUCGCAAUCAUCAAACAUGUGGAAAAAGCUCUUAAAGUUGAACCAAACGAAAUGCUGGAGGUAUUUGAUGAUAUAACUCAAUCAAUGAGAAUGAAUUUCUACCCUCCUUGUCCCCAACCAGAAAAUGUUAUUGGACUGAAUCCUCAUUCUGAUGCGGCGGCUUUAACCAUCCUUCUCCAAGCCACUGACGUUGAAGGCCUGCAAAUAAGAAAAGAUGGACAAUGGAUUCCUAUUAAACCACUCACCGACGCUUUUGUCAUAAACGUUGGAGACAUUUUAGAGAUACUAACCAAUGGAAUUUAUCGGAGUGUUGAACAUCGAGCAACAAGGAAAUCAUGCCUUGAUCUUAUGAGAAUCCAAAAUGAGAAUAGUAAGUGA